AUGGACUCAUCCCCGUUUCCGGAGCCUUGUCGGCUUCUGACUCUUCCCAACGAGGUCAAACUCCAUGUGGUCAAUUAUCUCGAUAAUCGCAGAGACCUCUUCAAUUUGUCUCUAACAUGCCGUGUCUUCGAGGACAUGGUCAUGACCCGGCUCUACCACAACGUCGACUUCCAUCUCCCUCAAACCCCAUUGCCUGGAACAGCACUGUUCCGAGAGCCAGUUGUGCAAUCUGUCCGAGAGCUCACAAUCCGAAAUGGCAGGAAGGAGAGAAGGAACUCGGUCAACAAGCGCAGGAGAAUAUCCGAUGUGGCUUCUGUGGAGGGCUAUGUGAACAGGCUACUUGAGAAAAUCCCCCCUAGUCGAGUGAAGAGCUUCGCAUUCUUCCACCAGACACCCCUCGAUCGGCAAAUGCUGACCUUUCUCGCCCGACGACACGAGAACACCCUGAGGCGCCUCCACUUCUAUGAUAUCUCUUCCUGGAAAGAGGGCGGACUCCUUCCUAGGAACCUGACGACUCUCGAAGCUCGUACGGUCAAUGACGGAGAUGUUGUUGAAAAGAUCAUAUCGGCCAACAGAAAGUCAAUCACGAGAUUGUCAUUGGGACAGGAGAAACAGUUGCUCGAUUGCUACCAUAAGAGUAGGCUGAGUUUCCUCCCACAAAUACCGCAACCGAUGGAGACCUUUUUCACCUCUGCAUAUGCGCUGGACACGUUCCCUCAACUGCGCGAGCUGUCUCUACAGGGUCUGAACGUGACUCCGCUACGCCCAGCUUCUAUCCCGCAAGCCUUGUUCUUCUGCCAGUUGGAACGCCUCACCCUGGAAUCCUGCCCGGGCAGCCACGAUCUGUUUGAAUCGAUCGCGGCUACGUUCCACUGGGCGGCGACGUCCCCGGAGGCGCCUCAAAACCCACGCGUCACGCCGUCGCUGAAGCACUUCCUCUUCCGUCACGAGAAUCCCACCGCUCCUCUCAAGGAAGCCCUCGUCCGCUUCCUCAGCUCAUUUACCGGUCUCCGGACCUUGUCCCUUUUAUUUGAAAACGGCGCCAUACUGGAAAGGCCGAGCACAUUCAUCGCCGAACAUGGGCCCUCCCUCGAAACCCUUGUGUUUGAGUCCCGCAUUCAGCCCCGCGAACAUCUCUCGAUGGACACUUCCCGCCCUUUUGGCGUCGGCGGAUACAGUCACGAUCUGUGGGAGGAGUCGAUCAACGACAUCGCCCGCCUCUGUCCUAACCUCGUCGAACUGGGCAUGGGCUUUCCGUGGAACGAUGAGAUGAUCCGAGUGCGGAAGACCGCUCUCCCAACUCUCCAGUACCUGCGGACCAUCCACAUCCGCAAUUUCCCCGAGAAUCAAGUGUAUAGCCAAAUGGGGGACUACAGCAUCAAAGAAUACGCCACCAAGUUCGUUGACUGGGUCUUUCCCUCGUCGGCGGCAGAAGCAAACCCGUCCCUAACUCACCUAGCCAUUGGGCCGACCUUGUACGAGUCUCGUUGGAAGAUCACACCUCCCCCCACCUCCGUCGCCGCGGGCGCAAACGCUUCCACCGUCCGGCGCAACCAACAAGCGACGUCGCGCACCCAGCCGCCCGAGUUUCUACGCACGCACCAUUUCUGCCUCGACUGGGCCAAGACGCGCUUCAACCGCUGGAGUUGUCUGAUCACGCCCGUCUCGGAGAAAUACAUGGAAGAAAUCACCGGCCAGAAACCCCUAGGCGGAGUCUUCGAACAAGUCUGGUUGAAGUGA